AUGAAUUUGAAAAGAAAAGCCUCCGAGGAUUAUGAGGAGCCCAUCAAAAGAGUGGCCUCUUCUUCUGGCCAAAAUGGUUCCGAUGGCGAAGAUUCAGAUGAUGGUCUCCAAGAUAUUGUCGAUGUAGAUUUUGAUUUCUAUAAUCCUGAUGAUGUUGAUUACCAUGCAUUGAAGAAAUUGUUGACCCAGCUAUUCUCAACAGAUGCCGAACUCUUGAACUUGGGUGAUUUCGCUGAUAUCAUGAUUGAAGAAAACCAAGUGGGCACCACUGUUAAAGUAGACGAUCAAAAGUCUGAUCCAUACGCUAUUCUAAGCAUCAUCAACCUGACUCAUCAAAAGGACAAGGAAGGCGUCAAGCAAUUAUGCAGUUACCUCGCCAACAAAUGCCCUAAAAAAAACGAAGCUCUCCACAAAGCAGUGAAGCAGAUUCUAUCGCUUUCUUCAACAGACAAGCAUGUUGGUUGGGUUGUCUCUGAACGCUUCAUCAAUAUGCCCGUUGAAAUCAUGGCACCCAUGUAUACCAUGCUUACCGAUGAGUUGAAAAAUGCCGUGAAAGAGAAAGAGCCUUAUGUAUUUGAAUGGUACAUGUUCAUCUCCAAGACCUACAAGGAAGUAACUUCCUCCAUUGACGAAGACGGAGAAGAACCUCAAUUAAAGAAAGUCAAAGCCUCGUCAUCAUCAUCAGCAGAGGCACCCUCAGAGACCUUUUAUUUCCAGUCUGAAGACGAGAUCAUUGCUAAAUAUGCAGAAUAUCAAUACGAUUUCAAGUUUACAAACAAGGAAAAGGAACAAGCAGCCGACUCACGACGUGCCUUUUCCGACUUUGGCAUUGCACCCGCUCGUAAAUUAUUGUUGGUGCACAAAUCAAAAUUCAAUGACAUGGUGAAUGAAAUCACAAAGACCUGUUCAUCCACCUCAGCAGCUUGA